AAGCAUUGGUCAGUGCGUGUUUGUGGAAAUAGGAUUAAACAUGGAGCAAAGAAUCAGGACCCGCCUUCAAGCAGUAUGAAUAUUAUGGUAGGAAAAAUUCCUGUUCCUGCUUUUGAAGAUACUCUUGAGAAAUAUCUUAAAUCUGUUGGAUAUUUAGUAAAUUUGAGGAAUACGCAAAGACCAAGCUGCUAUAAUAGAAUUUCAAAGCCCGCUAUGAUUGGCAAGGAAUUGAGACAGUUGUUGUUAAAUUUCAACAAUCCCAACAUGAUUAAUUGGUAG